AUGUACAACAAAAAAUAUCACCUUUUCUCUGCUGCGUUGGCUGUAUGCUUGCCGUUCAUCUUCGGAAUAGUUCAAGAGAAACCAACUCCCAGAGAGCUGCAAGAAUGUUUUUUCUUUAAGUCUUUGAAUACGAGCGUGGCUGAAGUUCCCGGAAAGUUAAUCGAAGAUUUCUGUCUCCGGAAAUAUUCCCUUUCACAGUUUGAAGGAAAAACACAGAAGAACAUCAGUGUGGAGGGAGUCCGUUACUUGGAAUCCCUUUUCCGUCAGAUUGAUGCAGAGACACAACUGACCAGAAAAAAGCGCCAGGCAACCGCUACAUGGCGUGUAAGAAGCGAGAUUCGAACUCUAUCUGCAGCACAACGGAACAGGAUAUUCGGAUGUUUAAAUCGAUUAAAAAGAGAUUAUACAAUUGACCGCAACACAAAUACCUACGAUUUGAUCGGUUCUCUCCAUUCUGGUCAGUCUGCCCAGCUGAUGCAUAAUGGUCCUGGAUUUCUUGGUAGACACGCACUUUAUGUGUUGGCGAUGGAAACAGCUUGUCGAACACCUAUUCCAUACUGGGAUUUCAUGAUGGACGGAGCUUUGAAUAAUCCGACAUCUUCUGCUAUUUGGUCAAAUACUUUCUUCGGAAAUGGAAAUGGGGCAGUAAGGACAGGUUUCUGUGGCAACUGGGUUACACCCCAAAAUACUCCUAUCAUCAGAAAUGUUGGUGCAGGUGGAGUUCGAUUACCCAGGAGAGAUGCUCUAAGAGCUAUCUUGAGCAGAACUACAACACGUGAAAUCACAGAACCAUUACCUACAAUGAGUAUGUUUUCCAUUGAGGUUCACCAUAAUGCUGUUCAUAAUUACGUUGAUGGUCAUUUUUCAGCCCUUGAUACCUCGACCUUUGAUCCUGUUUUCUGGUUCCUACAUUCAAUGUUCCAUUAUAUGUGGUACAUGUUUAAAAACAAUCAAAGAGCAAGAGGAGUUGACCCCCAACGUGAUUAUCCUAGAGGACCAAAUGUUCCACAGGGUCAUGAAUAUUUCCAAAGAGUAAACUUUAUGCCUUUUGUAAGACCAAUGACAAAUUUGGAGACGUUCGCUAAUCGUUAUGAUAACAUUGUACGUUACACUUCGUUACCCAGGUGUCCAGAUUGUGGAGGAAGCCAGUAUUUGGUUUGUAUUCAAGGUGAAUGCAUAGCUAGAUCUGUGAGAACGACGAGAAACCCUGCGAGAAUAUCCAGACGUCCAGGUGUACUCCCAGUUAGACAAUUUGUUCGAGGCAAGCGAAGUACAGAAACUGAUAAUUUCUCUCUAACCCAAAACCAUGCAGAAUUGCUUUCAGUGUUAGAUAGAUCAUACACAAACACACUUGUAAUUAAUGGUCAUUAUACUCCUAAAGAUUGGGUUUAUUUGAAUGUACGUGUAAUAUAUGAACGUCCAAAAGGUAAUAUGUUUAACUCCACUGGAUCGGUUAAUGGACGUGAUAUGUAUGAUCCUUCUAGUUUCCAUGAUGGUGGAAAAGAAAUUGGAAUAAAAAAUCAGGUGUUUUACAAACAAAGAUGCGUACCAUCGGGUUCUGGAGCAACAAAAGUCUUUGUUAAAUCCGACGGCUUAAAUUACCACGGAAAAUACAAAGAAUAUGCUAUUAUAGAUGAACGCCAGGCUGUGUCUUCUGCAAUUCUGCAAGUUGCUGUUCGAAAACCGUCAGAUGAAAACACAGAAACAUAUCUUUCUGCUUAUGAUAGUUGUGGCAGAGUCUGUCGACCUAUAUGUCCAAUGAAAGAAGGUUCCUUACUUGCCUACAAAGCUUGCUCGGGAAGUUUUAAGAUUACAAACGAAUAUCCAUUGAUGUACAGCAACAGUUAUGAAGGGGCAAUUAGUUCUCUUUGGCAUCUCAGUUUAGAUGGCAAAGGUCCAUUGUUUAAGAGUACAUUUUCACCUAUAACUUUUGUUUGUGACCAUCAAAAUGUAUGGCCUUGGUCGCAAAAAUAAUGUUGAAUAUCUCGGUAUCUUUAGAUGCGGAAUUUAAAAUAACACUUUACCUUAUGAAGGUUGAGUGUAUUAUAUUUUUCUUUGAUCGCAAAAAUGAAUGUGUAUAUUUCUAGAAAAUCCACAUAUUUUCGUAUAUGCCUUAUGAAGGUAAUUUUCUUUGUUUCAUCACAUUUUUUACAUUUGUCCCAAUUAUGUAUGCAAAUAUUCCAGACACGAAGAUACUUGUGGUAUCUUUUUUUUUAGAAAAAGAAUUGUUGAAUAUUACUUACCAUUUACAUUAGACUUUUAUAAGGUUACUGUUAUCAAAUAAAGAUCAAAAAUGUUUUUUUUCACAAACAUGAAUUAUAAUUUUAAAAUCCCCCCUCUCUCUCUCUUUCUCUCUCUCUGCUGAACUGAAUAUUUUAAAAUUCCGAACUUAAUUAAAAUAUUCGAUAUUUUCACAUUUGUUAAAUGUGCUACGUUAAUAUUUUUAGUAGUAUUCACCCCUAUUAUUUUUUUCCAUCUCAUGACCAACUGUGAUAGAGAGGGGUUUUUUUUGCGUGUUUAUACUUUAAUUGAUGAUCAAUCAUUAUUUCUUGAUAUAAUUAGAGGGAAAAUCAUAUAACAGAUUCACGAUUUAUGUCUUUUAUUUAUAAAAUAAAUCAUUAAUUCCAUUACUUAUUAUGUUUGUAUUUUUGGUAGAGUAACUAAUUAAGAAUUCUUAGCUUGAAUUUACAUUUGAUUUUUAAAUGUAUCAAUUAAAUUUUUA